AUGGAGGGCAAAAUAAAUAAUAUUGUUAAUAUUUUAGCAGAUAAUAUAAUAAAGGAAUACAAUGGGAGUAAAAAAGAUAGUAAAUUUUUAGUGUCAUUAUCAGGACCACCAGGAGUAGGUAAAAGUACAAUUUCAGAAAAACUAGUAGAAGAAUUAAAUAAUAGAUUAUCAGAUGACAAAAACAAUAAUAAUAAUAAUAAUAAUAAUAAUAAUAAUAAUAAUAAUAAUAAUAAUAUUGCAGCUAUUGUAACAAUGGAUGGAUAUCAUUUAGAUAAUAACAUUUUAAUUAAGAGAAAUCUAUUGCCCAGAAAGGGUUCACCACCAACUUUUGACUGUUUAGGGUUUUUAAAUAUUUUAGAAAGAUUAAAGACCAAUGAUCAAGAUGAUGAUAUUUUCAUACCAACAUUCGAUAGAGCCUUAGAUAAAUCAAUUAAUGCUUCAUCUUUUAUUAAUAAUAAUAAUAAACUAUUAAUUGUAGAAGGAAACUAUUUAUUAUUAAACGAAAAGUUAUGGUGUAAAUUAAAAGAUUUAUUUAACUAUUCAAUCUUCAUAAAUGCAAAUAUGGGCGAUUUAGAGCAAAGACUCAUAAAAAGAUGGAUAGAUCAUGAUUAUGAUCUCGAGUCGGCCACCAAGAAAGCUCUUAAUAACGAUAUACCAAAUGCAAAGUUAGUAUUAGAAAAUUCAAAUUUACAAAAUCCAAAUCAUUGA